ACGCAGCCCUUAGUCAGCAGCUGGGCUCGGUUUUGAAACAAAAGCCCAUGUCCUCCCUCGGAGUCCGCGGCCGGUCAGCUCCUUGGGGGAAGAAAACCAUGCCGCCCAGCCGGUAAGUCCAGCUGUGAGCAGGGUGUUCUGUUCUUCACUUCCAGCAAGCCAGAGUUUUAUAAAUGGACACUGACAUGGACUACGAAAGACCCAACGUGGAAACCAUCAAGUGCGUGGUCGUGGGAGACAACGCCGUGGGGAAGACACGCUUGAUCUGCGCCAGAGCGUGUAAUACGACGCUGACACAGUACCAGCUGCUGGCCACCCACGUACCCACAGUGUGGGCCAUUGACCAGUACCGGGUCUGCCAGGAGGUCUUGGAGCGUUCCCGGGACGUCGUUGACGAAGUGAGCGUUUCUCUCAGGCUUUGGGAUACUUUCGGCGAUCAUCACAAAGACAGGCGUUUUGCAUAUGGCAGGUCCGACGUUGUGGUCCUCUGUUUUUCGAUUGCUAAUCCCAAUUCCCUAAAUCAUGUGAAAACGAUGUGGUAUCAAGAAAUCAAGCACUUUUGCCCUCGCACACCUGUUGUUCUAGUUGGCUGCCAGCUAGAUCUCCGCUAUGCCGAUCUCGAGGCUGUUAAUAGAGCCAGACGCCCUUUAGCAAGGCCCAUAAAGAGAGGGGAUAUCUUGCCCCCAGAAAAAGGCCGAGAGGUUGCAAAGGAACUGGGCAUACCCUACUACGAAACAAGCGUGUUUGACCAGUUUGGAAUCAAGGAUGUGUUUGACAAUGCAAUCCGAGCCGCCCUCAUUUCCCGCCGGCACCUGCAGUUCUGGAAAUCCCACCUAAAGAAAGUCCAGAAACCUCUACUUCAGGCACCGUUCCUACCUCCAAAAGCCCCUCCACCGGUCAUCAAAGUUCCAGAAUGUCCCUCCACAGGAACGAACGAAGCCGCCUGUUUACUGGACAAUCCUCUGUGCGCUGACGUCCUGUUCAUCCUCCAGGACCAGGAGCAGAUCUUCGCACACCGGAUUUACCUCGCUACCUCCUCUUCCAAAUUUUAUGAUCUCUUUUUAAUGGAAUGUGAAGAAACCCCCCAUUGGAGCGAAGGAGCCUGUGAGCAAGAGAAGCAAAGCAGGGAUUUCCAGGGGCGGCCCCUGAGUCUUGAUCCAGACGAGGAAAGGGAGGAGGGCACCCCAAGGACACCUCAGGCCGAUCAGUGGACGUCCUCAAGCCAGAACCUGUCCCAGCAGGAGACCCCGGGGCUGGAGGCCGAGGGCUCAGCGGCGGAGACACAGACCCUGUCAGGCUGGAGUAAGGGCUUCGUUGCCAUGCACAAGGAGAUGCAGGUCAACCCCAUUUCGAAGCGGGUGGGCCCCAUGACUGUGGUCAGGAUGGACCCAUCCGUCCAGCCAGGCCCUUUCCGGACCCUGCUCCAGUUUCUCUAUACGGGGCAACUGGAUGAAAAGGAAAAGGAUCUGGUGGGCCUGGCUCAGAUAGCAGAGGUCCUAGAGAUGUUUGAUUUGCGGAUGAUGGUGGAGAACAUCAUGAACAAGGAAGCCUUCAUGAACCAGGAGAUUACGAAAGCGUUUCACGUCCGGAAAGCCAACCGGAUAAAAGAGUGUCUCAGCAAGGGGACGUUCUCAGAUGUGACAUUUAAGUUGGACGACGGAGCCAUCAGUGCCCACAAACCGCUGCUGAUCUGCAGCUGCAAGUGGAUGGCUGCCAUGUUCGGGGGGUCGUUCGUCGAAAGCGCCAACAGUGAGGUAUAUCUCCCGAACAUAAACAAGAUGUCAAUGCAGGCGGUACUGGAUUAUCUUUAUACCAAGCAGUUGUCACCUAACUUGGACCUGGACCCACUGGAACUAAUUGCUUUGGCAAACAGAUUUUGCCUGCCACACUUGGUCGCGCUUGCAGAGCAGCACGCUGUCCAGGAGCUGACCAGGGCCGCCAUGAGUGGCGUGGGCAUCGACGGGGAAGUGCUCUCUUAUUUGGAAUUGGCCCAGUUUCACAACGCCCACCAGUUGGCCGCCUGGUGUUUGCACCACAUCUGCACCAACUACAACAGUGUUUGUUCCAAGUUCCGCAAGGAGAUCAAAUCGAAAUCUGCAGACAACCAGGAAUACUUUGAGCGGCACCGCUGGCCCCCCGUGUGGUACCUGAAGGAAGAAGACCACUACCAGCGUGUGAAAAGGGAAAGAGAGAAGGAAGAUAUUGCACUAAAUAAACAUCACUCGAGACGAAAGUGGUGCUUCUGGAAUUCAUCUCCAGCGGUCGCCUGAGGCAGAAGAGAAAAAAAAAAAAAAGGAGAAA